GUCAUUCAUAUUUACGGUUGAGUUUUCCUAAUUAGUCUAUGAAGGCUAUUUCUUUUCAUUUUAAUAUUUUAAUAAUUUUCUAUUUAUCUAUACAUAAUUAUUAUUUAUUCUUUUACAUUCAUACAUUAAUAACUCUGGCCAUUAUUUAAUUCAACUUUGUGAUUCGGUGUAUAACUAGUCGUAUAACUAUGGUCAUCUCUGUAGAACUCAUGCCAUUUCCGGUGUUGUAAUUACAUCACCGGUUUUGUGAUCAUUUCACGUUUUUGCGAGAAAACCCGAAUAUCGCCGAAGUCUAUACCCUCAAUACUUGUUAAAAGUAUAAUUCAAGAAAUUUACCGUAGAGAAGGAAAAAUUAUACUACGUAAUACUUAACAACAACCAAAAUGCCAAAGAGAAUUACUUUAACAUGUUCAAAUUGUCGAGCUAGAAAAGUUAAAUGUGAUCGUACUCGACCUAUUUGUAAAGUAUGCCUCAAGAAUAGAAUACCCCAACAUUUAUGCAUAUAUGAAGAUUCUCCUCAUAUUUUGAAAGCGGCCAAGAAUAAAUUAUUGAAGGAUAAGCAAGAGCAAGAGAAUUUGCAUAAACGGUUGCAUAAACAAUCAACUGUUGAGGCUGAAACUCGAGCUCAAUCAUUAUCUCUUAAAGUGAAUGAAGCGCAAUCGCAAAGUCCGCUUCAACUCGGAUUUGAUAAUAAUGGGUAUGCUUAUACGGCUGAAACUGAAACUGAUAUUUUUGACCUUUCUAAUUUUGAUUAUUAUAAAUAUAGAGCUGAUAGUUAUUGUUAUUUUGGAGCAACUAGUUGGAGAGCUUCAUUAAGAGAUUCAGUAAGAGAAUGUCAAAUGUUAAUUGGUAUAGGACUUAAAACUCAUGAUGAUCUUAAACAAGCAGCUAAGGGUUAUUUUAAUAGUUUUAGAAAUGAACAACAAGGAAAACAUCAACGUAUACAACCAGAAAGGUUACCUUUUGACUUUAAGAGAUUAACAAAUAUUCUUACCUUAUUUGCACAAGAUCCAGCUAUUAUUAAUCGAUGUUUUGGUAGUGAAACAUUAUUUGAAUAUCUUAAUUCUGUUAUUGAUUCUGAUACUUCCCUCUUAAAAGAUAUUAAAGCAGGAGUUAAUGGAAGUGGAGUUGCCACUAAAUUAUGUAUUAUUAUAUGUAUAAUUGUUCUUAGUUCCUUUAAGAAAGAUGGUGAAUUAGAUAUUGAUCAACUUGACUUAAUAAAAUGGGCACAAGAAUUAUUUGAAUUUGGAGGAGGAAAUAAACGUAUAUCAAUUCAAACUUUACAAGCUAUGAUAUUAUUGUUUGAAAUAAAGAAAUAUGAUUUAAAUUUGGAUUUUGAUGGAACUUUAACUAUGGAUUUAGUUCAUUUAUCAGCAAUUGCAAGUCUAUCUGUUUCAUUAGGUUUCCAUCGUGAUCUAGAAAAAUUACGAGUUGGUAAUAACCAACGUCUCCUACCUGGAUUAAGAAAUAUUUGGAAAUGGAUAUUAUUUGAAACAACUUCUCGAGCAUUUCAAUAUGGAUUUCCUCCACUUAUUAAUGGUGAUUAUGAUCAACAUGAAAUAUUAGAAGAUGAUCCAUUUGGUUAUAAAGAAAGAAUUGAACUUAUUAAAGAUAUAAAUAUGAGAGUUAGUCUGAAUCGAUUUUCUAAACAGGUUAAUGUGACUAAAGAAUUACAUUUGGUAACUAAUUUGCUUGAACAAGAUUUAGCAGAUCAUAAUAUUAUUCAACAUAAUAAACAAUUAAUUAUGAAUGAUUUGGUUAUGAUGCAGACUUUAGCUAUUAUACGAUUUGUUAAAAGACCAAAAGUUGAAAAAUGGAAAUGUGAAGGUUUAAAACAUACUUUGUUAUUAUAUCUGUAUUGUAAGAAAAUUAUCUUAGAUGAAAUCAGCUUUAUUCAGAACAAGAAAAAUCCUCAUAAAAGACCUCAUAGUCAUGCCAAUUGUUCAUAUUUUCUUGAGGCUAAAGAAGCUAUUUUCAGAUGUACUACUAUACCAAUGGGUUUAUUAUUAAGAGAUGCAUUUAGUGAAGAUUUACCAAUCCCAAUCCCACCAAUUGAGUUGACAUUUGAAAAUAUUAGAAGAUUAGAUGAUAAUGUAUUUUCAAUGCUUGUUAAUAGUAGAAGGUUUUUAUUUGAUUUUUUAUUUAAAGAGAUUCGAUCAUUAAUUAACACUAUGUCUGUAUUAAAUUUUUCAUCUGCUGCCAUGUUGAUAUUUUUAAAUAAUACUUAUAGUUGGUAUUAUAAGAAUGUAUCAUUAAAUAAUCUAUCUUCAAGUCCACAAAUGGAUGGAACUUCUACGUUCAUUUCGGGUGGAACUUAUAUUCCAAAUUCAAGUAAUGACGGAUAUAAUGAUCAAAAUAAUAAAUAUCCAAAACAACUUAUUCAAGUUCCAAUUCCAAAUCAAAAUCAAAAUCAAAAUCCAUUCCAAAUACCUACAAACUCUAGUACUACACUUUCGGAAAAUAAUUCAAAUACUACUAAUAAUUUUCCCACCAUGCCAACUAUGGAAGAACAAUUAUUCCCAUUACCAUGGAGUUUAGAAGGAUUUGAAGGUAUUACGGAUCAAUUACCAGUAUAUAUAAAUUUUGCCCAAUUUGAUAAUGAAAACCUUUGGGAUUAUUUUAUUCAAUAAAUUUACCAAUCAAUAAAAGUAUUAUUAUUAUUAAUGUAUACUGCUGGUACUGAUAAAUCACACGCGUCGCUAAUUAUUUGGUAGGUAUGAUUAAGUUUCAACUGGUAGAUACUAUAUCUUAUUAUUUAUUUAUUUAUUUAUUUAUUUAUUUAUUUAUUUAUUUAUUUAUUUAUUUAUUUAUUUAUUUA